UAAAAUAAAGUACAAGUUAGGUCCAUAUGUUGGGAAUUUUAUUAGGUUUGGUUCAAGUUUGUUGCAAAUUAUGCAUGUGAUUUAUUUUGUUUUUGGUUUUGAUCUCUAACUAUAUAAAUGAUUAUUUUGUCAUUAGUUGAUAAUCUUUUAUAUUUUUAUCUUUUGUUACAAACCCACCCUUCCCUUUUCUCCCCGAAACAUCACUUCCAACAGGCAUAUAUAUAUACGUACCCAAGGAUACUCAUACUAUGAUAAACUUAAAUAGUAUUAAAUCAACAUGAUGGCGAAGGAAAACAUUGGUGGAGUGGACUGUAGUUUUAUUUUUUAGCCAUAAACGUACACAUGUACGGAAAAUAUAGCAUCGGUUGUUGAAGAGAGAAGAAAUAGAAUAUGAUAAUCAGACUUGUUCUUCCUCCUAGACCAUCAUCAUCAUCAAUUCUAGGUUUAGUCGCCGGAAAUCGCUCCUUUUUACGUCUCAGGCCAAACCUAAACCUCCCACUCCCAUGGGAACAAGGCAAAUCGAAGAGGCAUUUGAAUUUACGAUCCAUGUCUGGAUCAGGGAGCUCUUGGUCUCCAUCGCCUGUAUUGUCAGAGAAACUGCAGGUGGAUCAAGUAUUAGAUAAUAAGGUUUUAUCUGGCAAAGAGGAUGAACAUGGAGGUGUUAUCGUGGAAAUGUCUACAGACCCCAUCGAUCCACUUGUGUUUACUUCUUUGCUUAAAGCUUCAAUGCUGCAUUGGAAACAACAGGGUAAAAGGGGUAUUUGGAUCAAAUUACCAAUCGGGCUUGUAAAUCUCAUUGAACCUGUGGUUAAAGAAGGGUUUUAUUAUCAUCAUGCGGAACCAAAACACUUGAUGCUUGUGCAUUGGAUUCCUGAAACAACAAAUACAUUGCCAGCUAAUGCAAGUCAUAGAGUGGGUAUUGGGGCUUUUGUUAUGAAUCAAAAUGGACAGGUUUUGGUGGUGAAAGAAAAGAGUGGAAAAUUCAGAGGAAGCGGCAUAUGGAAGUUUCCUACUGGAGUCGUUGAUGAGGACAGGGUGAAGAUAUUUGUGAUGCUGCGGUUAGAGAGGUUAAAGAAGAGACUGGAAUUGACACCAAAUUCCUGGAAGUAUUGGCAUUCAGACAAAGCCAUAAAUCAUUCUUUGACAAAUCGGAUUUAUUCUUCAUGUGUAUGUUGCAACCUUUCUCCUUCAACAUCCAGAUACAAGAAUCAGAAAUCGAAUCAGCCCAGUGGAUGGGUUUUGAGGAAUAUGCAGAUCAAGAUUUUGUGCAGAAGCAUGAUCUUCUAAAGUAUAUGGUGAACAUAUGCAUAGCAAAGAGAGAUGGAAAGUAUAAUGGCUUUUCUCAUGUGUCUACAGUUACAAGUUUCUCUAAAAAACAAAGCAACCUUUACUUCAACACCAAGGAUUUCAACUCUUCUUAACAUUUAAUUAUUUUUCUAUGUAUUUGACACAUUAACUCAGCUGAUAUCGCCUUAUGCUGAUAUCGUAUAUAUGAAGCUUGUAAUUGUAUUGGGACUAAUGAAUUCAUACAAACUUCAAUGUAACAUAUUUUUGAAGAUAUAUAAUUUUAAGAAUGUGUUUCCCAUGGACA